GCUCUGUGGGCGGGCGGAGCUGCAAAGUGUCUUAACUUACAGCUCCAGUCGUUUUUAUACCUUCCCGCGCGGGCCCAGGCGCCUCCAACGGAAGGCGGGUCCAGGGUGGGGCAGCGCGAGCUGAGAUUGGUCGAGGUUCGCGGCCCCGGGCUUGCGACGGCUCCGUGUGGGGGUUCCCGCCUGACGCCGUGCUCCCGCCUCCCGCAGGCUGCGCUGCCAUGAAGGUGAAGAUUAAGUGCUGGAAUGGCGUGGCUACCUGGCUCUGGGUGGCCAACGACGAGAACUGCGGCAUCUGCAGGAUGGCUUUCAACGGCUGCUGUCCCGACUGCAAGGUUCCCGGCGACGACUGCCCACUGGUGUGGGGCCAGUGCUCACACUGCUUCCAUAUGCACUGCAUCCUCAAGUGGCUGAAUGCACAGCAGGUGCAGCAGCACUGCCCCAUGUGCCGGCAGGAGUGGAAGUUCAAGGAGUGAGGCCAUCGCCCACCUGACUGGCUGUCCCCGCAGGAGGCAGGUGGUGUGAGGACAAUGGCAGCUGCAUCUGCUUCUUCAAGUCACAGCCUUGACACUCUUAUCCAAUAAAGAAAACUCAUUAGCUCUG